AUGUCAGCUGUCAAUAACACCAAAUUCAACUCUGCAGUGUUCCUUCUCACCGGGAUACCUGGUCAGGAAGACGUCCAUCUCUGGAUCUCUAUCACAUUCUGCUUAACAUAUGUUAUUUCGAUAUUAGGAAAUUCAGUCAUCCUGUUCAUUAUAAAAACAGAACCAAGCCUUCAUGAGCCCAUGUACAUUUUCCUUUCUAUGUUGGCCAUCACAGACCUUGGUUUAUUGAUAGCCACCAUGUCGACAACACUGGGUAUAUUCUUGUUUAACUCUAGGGAGAUCAGCUUCAAUGCCUGUUUUGUGCAGCUGUUCUUCAUCCACUCGCUUCAGUGCACUGAAUCCUCCGUGCUGUUGUUGAUGGCCUUUGACCGCUUCAUCGCGAUCCAUGACCCGCUGAAAUAUGCUUCCAUCUUAAACCCACAGAGAAUACACAAGAUGGGACUGGUGUUUGUGCUGAAAGGGGUGGCAAUAAUAUUCCCACUCCCCUUUCUCCUGAAACAGUUCCAAUACUGUCGAACAAAUGUCCUCUCCCAUUCCUACUGCCUGCACCAGGAGGUCAUGAAGAUGGCUUGCUCGGAUAUCACAGUCAACAGCAUCUAUGGUUUGUCUGUUGCACUCUUAACGGUGGGGUUGGACUCGCUGCUCAUCUUCCUCUCUUAUGUUAUGAUCCUCAAAACAGUGCUGAUCAUUGCAUCCAAUGCUGAGUGCCUCAGGGCCCUGAACACCUGUGUUUCCCACCUCUGCGCCGUCCUACUCUUCUAUACGCCAAUGAUUGGCCUGUCUGUGAUACACAGAUUCGGGAAGGGCUCUUCUCCCUUAAUUCAGAUUCUCCUGGGUUACAUCUACCUGCUGGUCCCACCCCUGAUUAACCCAAUUGUGUACAGUGUGAAAAGCAAACACCUUCGUGCAAGGAUAAUCAGGGUGUUCGUCAAGUGA